AUGCUGUCGUCUCUCUCCUUUUUGCUUUUCAGUGCCCUGACUGCGUGCGCAUACGCCAGCUCCGAUUACCACGAGCGCCUGCUCCUCCGCCCGCUCCCGCAGGACACGCUCCUGGCCUCGUUCAACUUCCGCAGCAACGAGACGUCGGCCGCAUAUGAACAGCAGAACUUCCGUCUCUUCCCACGGUCGCUGGGGCAGAUUCUGCGAUAUGCGCAUACAAAAGAGCUACAUUUGAGGUUCAGCGUGGGAAGGUGGGAUGCAGAGAACUGGGGCCAGCGGCCGUGGUACGGCGCAAGAGAGGGGAGCAAUGGAGUCGAGCUGUGGGCGUGGAUUGAGGCGAGCAGCGAAGACGAAGCCUUCUCACGAUGGCUGACGCUGGUCAACAACCUCUCUGGACUCUUCUGCGCCUCCCUGAACUUCAUUGAUGCUACCAAGACGAUACGACCCGUCAUCUCCUUCGACCCCGAAGGCGACCACACGAGCACAUCAAACCUCCACUUGCUCCACGGCACACUGCCGCACGAGGUUGUGUGCACAGAGAACUUGACACCUUUCCUCAAGCUGCUUCCUUGCAAGGGCAAGGCUGGCGUUUCCAGUUUAUUGGACGGACACAAGCUCUUCGACGCCGCUUUCCAAAGCAUGGCUAUUGACGUGCGCCCAGUCUGCGAGACUUUGGGCGAGAAUUGCGUGAUAGAAAUGGAGCAGACGGUGGACAUGGUGCUGGACAUUCCCCGCUCCAAGCGCCCUCGCGAUAACCCUAUCCCGCGCCCCCUUCCAAUUGAGGAGAUCGAGUGCGAUACUUCCAAGAGUUACAACGCACCCGACACCUGCUACCCGCUUGACAGAAAAAUGGAACCGGCCUGGAACCUGACCGAAGUAUUUGGGAAGCCAUUGAAGGGCGCAUGUCCCUUGACGGAGGCGGAAGGCCCAGAAUCAGAGGCGCUCUGCAUCAAUACGGUACCAGAGCGCACAAUACACGCCAACACAACGGGUCAGUACACAGAGUCUCUGUCAGCAUCAGAUACCCUGCGCUGCUACAAGCUCCCUACAGCCGCGGAAUUUGAUCUCAUCCUCCCAGAGCAACGGCUUACCACCGGCCUUGUACGCGGACAACCCCACCUUUACGCCUCCCGCUCUAUCAACGGCCACGGCCAAGAGCGCGGCAGUGUCCAAGCCGUAAUCAAAAACCCUUCCCCGACCGACGCCGUUGAAUUCGCAUAUCUAGAGUCGCUUCCCUGGUUCAUGAAGCCCUACCUGCACACCCUACGUGCGCACGUCUCCACUUCAUCCGAAGACCCGCUCAAAGAGACGUACUACCGCCCAGCCGUCGACCGCGUCCGGGGCACCCACCUCGAACUUCGCCUUGUCAUUCCGCCAGCCUCCACCCUCACCCUAACCUACGACUUCGAAAAGGCUAUUCUGCGCUACACGGAGUACCCACCAGAUGCCAAUCGUGGAUUUGACGCACCGCCUGCUGUCAUCCGCAUCCUGGGCCCGUUUCAAUCGACUGACAGAAAGGGGUUGUAUCUUCGGACGACGCCGCUGCUGCUCUCGCUUCCAACGCCGGAUUUCAGCAUGCCGUACAACGUGAUCAUUCUGACAAGUACAGUAAUGGCACUGGGCUUUGGGAAUAUCUUCAAUCUGGUGGUCAGGCGCUUUGUGGGUGCAGACGAGGUGCCUGCUUUGGGUGGGCUGAAGGGUAUUAUACUAGGGAAAGUACAGAGGAUUAAGGCGAGAUUUGGGAAGGCGUAG